AUGUACGCAAGUCAGCGGCAUGAAUCAAUGGAAUCAGGCGCCGGAAUAAAAAUGAACAAACGCGCUGAAUGUCAACCAUCUCCGAAGAUACAAAUUACUAAAACUUUUCAAUAUUUGUGGUAA